AACAAGUUCAUUCGAUUUUAUGGACAUUGGUUCGGUUAAAUGAUUUGAUUUUGCUACGAGAGUUAACGAUAGGGAUAUUUUUAAAUUGAUAAUAGAAUACUCCUCCUCUUCUACUUCAUCUCCAGGCUCCAGCUUCAAAUUGAAAUAUCCAUCUUCGAUCGUCAGUUUCUAGCCUCUCUUCCACCACACUUCCUUCGUACUGUCAGAGACUCUGGCAGCACCGCCAUUAAUACAGCAACACCAAUCUCAAUCUCCUUUUUUUUAGACGAUGUUGUUUUAGUGUUUUUACACCAAGUUUGAGGUUUUCUGUUUCCCUUAAAACCCCAAAUUACCAAAUUUGUGAAUUGUACGUAAUAAUUGUAGAAGGGUUUGGCAUAUUUCCGCCAUUUCUCAUUUGUAUUUUUCAUCAAUAUUUGUCCCUUCUUAAUUUGUAAAAUGUUUUGCAGAGUUCUUUGUUUUCUUUUUUGGAUUAUGAAAUGAGAUUUUUUCUUUUAGUUUUGGGGAUUUUUUGAGGCUACACAUUGAGGUGUAGAGAGAGAUUUCUUGAGCUAGUGAAGUAGAAAUUGCUAAAGCAAAAUGAAGCGUUAAUGGCGAUAGCCAAAGCUGCAGGCUAAUUGAUGAAGGAGCUCUUGCCGGAAAUGGACAAAGAUGAUAGGGGUACCCAAAACUAGAAUAGAAGAAAUCUGAAAAAAAGCCUAAAACUCUUUUCGCCGGCCGGCUAUUGUUACGGUACCGUUAACUGCUUUACUAGCUUUCCGCUGUUUUACUAAAGGUCAAAGGUUAACUGUCAAUGCUGUUACUUAUUUUAAUAAUUUUUAACCGUUUUAUUAAAACUAUUAGAUAUUAAUUGUUAGCGGUACUGUCAGUUAUUUUGAUGACUUUUAGCUGUUUUAGUAACGGUUAACUGCUAGAUAUUAAUUAUUAGUGGUACUGUUAAUUGUUUUAAUAACUUUCAGCUGUUUCAUUAACGUUUAAUCGUUAGAUAUUAAUUGUUAGUAGUUAAUCGUUUAUAUAAUUGUUAUAGAUUAGUUGGUUAUAUAACUGUUUAGAAUAAAAUGUUUAAUAAAAAUAAAAAUAGUAAAAAUAAUUGUUUAAAACCGUUAAAUAUCAACCGGCAGUGGUUAGUUGUGUAUAUAAACGGUUCAAAAUAAAAAAUUUAAUAAUAAUAAAAAAAAUAAUUAUUUAACUAGUUAUUUAAUAUAAAACGACAAAAAAAAAUAUUGUCGUAAAAAACGAUAAACGUUAAGGAAUUCGAAUAUUUCAGUAAACAUCUCUCAAACUCUAAAUCCACGAUAAAAUAGUAUUUUAAUCCAAUGAAAACACUUGGUAUAUGCAAACAGUGGGGCUGUUAUUAAUCUUUUGUUAAUUAUAAAAAAUUGGUCAUGCUGUAGCCCUAAUAUAUUAAGCCAGUUUCAGCUGGCUGUUUGAACAACAGAUAAAAAAAGGAGAGCGGAUAGAAAAAGUAAACCCCGUUCGUUCAAUCCAUCAUCCUUUCGUUCACAAGCCACCACCCAUUAAUAAGCCAGCAGUUUCUUGAAUUUCCACAUUAAUUCUUUAAACAAUGGAACCCGUUUAUCCUGAAGAACUCAAAGAGGAUACUGCAGCAGCUUUAACUCUUUCUUCUCUGAAGCAUACAAAGUUUGACAAGAAAACUCUUUCUACUUUGCACGCUAUGAAAAGCAAUUUUCUAAACCACAGACCAUCGUCACUAACCUCGCAACCACAAGUUCAAGAUUUUCCAGGCAGCAGAGCCAUCAUUCGUCAAUUAACAGGCCAACCACGGUCAUUAUUACAACUGAAGAUAGAUAAUUAUAGGCCUGCUGAUAUUCCUCCAAUUGCAAAGCUGAAGGGGCAAAUAGGAAGGUGCAGUAAACCCUUUGAGAAGCAAUUGACGAGUAGCGACGUCAGGUCUGAUCAGAGUAGGCUAACUCUGAACAAAGCAUAUGUUGAAAGGAGUAUUUUGCCUUUGUUGAACAGAGAGGAGGGGAAUCUUGAUGAUGGUAUCAAAGUGACAAUUUAUGAUCCUGAAGGUAAUGAGUACCCUAUGACAUUGAAGAUGUGGGCUUCAAAGGUUUAUGUGCUUAUGGGAGGUUGGAAAGAGUUCUACCAGAAGCAGAAAUUGAGAGAGAAUGAAGAUUUUGUUACCACCUGGUUUUUUUAUAAUGUUAGGACAAGGAAGUUUUGUUUUGCUAUUAAUUGGAGAAGACUGCCAAUUUUUGCACCCAUUAAGAGAAAAGUAAUACAAAAUAGUUAGCCAAUUUUGCCCCAAGGAGUAGAGGGUACAAUGAUUAUAAUUAGAGCAGGAGUAAAUUGAGAAUAGGAGUAAAUAUAGGUAACAUGUGUGUUAGGAUUAUUUUGGUUUGAUGCUUCAAUAUACAGUUUCAUGAGGGAUCUCAUCCAAAACAUCUUGUCAAGAUUUUUAUUGAUAUGGAUUGUUUUUUAUUGAUUUCUCCAAUUGAUUUUUUUUUUUUUUUUCUGUGUCUACAAGUGGAUAUGGUGUGGAUUGACUAUUCCAUACAUAAAAGUUUUAUUCUGAGUAUUAAAAGUUGUCGCUUCAUUACCUUUCCCUACUGCUUUGCUGUGAGUGGCAAUGAGUGUUUAUAGCUGCAUUAUACUCCUUUAAUUUUUGUUUUCUUGCUGCUUUUUUCUCUUUUAUAUAUUA